UUGUGUACAUACAUGCAUACAUACGUAUAUAUGGCAGUUUGUCCUCCUGGAAAAACUAGACGUCGAAAUUUAUAAAAUAGAUUUUGCUGGAAAAUAUGUCGGCGUCGAAAGAGGAAAUCGGAAAUCUACUUGAUUCCCUUUACAUAGAAAUGCUGAACUUGAUUGAAGAACACACAGCAUGCCGGGUGAACAUUGAACGCUUAAUGAAUAGUGGCCAGUUAAUGUUGGCUAAAACACGUUACCUCCAAGGAUCGCAAACCAUCAGUUCAUCACAAAUCCCAACGGAAAACAGUAAUGAAUUUAAUGCACUUUGUCAAAUAGAAGAACAACGAAAUGACUCGAAGUUGUCGAGCGUCGAAUACAUGCUAAGAAAAUAUGCCGUAAAUAAAGAUGAAGGAUUCACCGAUCCAAUGCAUUGGUUUACAGUAUUGCCGCCAAGCAGCUUACGAACUGCAUCUGAACACUUCAAAAAAUGUUUAGAUCUAGUUUUAGAAAGUGCUAAUAUACAACGGGAGCUACUUGCUGUAAUGGAAAGCAUCGAAAGUCUCAAACAUCUUCAAUAAAUUGUAAACAUGCGCUUCAUGGCGGCAUGAUUACAUUAACAAAUGGUAGAGCUCGUGUCUCCUUCGUUCACAACCAUAAAUUUUAUCUGCACAUCUACGCCAAUACCAGCCUCAAUUACGUCACCAGCCUUUACUGGCAACGCACCAUCUGGUGUGCCUGUUAAUAAUAAAUCGUUGGGCUCCAGAGUCAUAUAUUUUGAAGCAUGGGCGAUAAGAUCAUCAACUUUAAAAAUCAGGUCUUGAGUGUUGCCUUGCUGGCGCAGCUCUCCAUUCACUUUUAACCAUAGGGGCAAACUGUGGGGAU